AUGCUUCUCAACUCGAUCGCCUCAUCCACCAGGAUCAUCGCACGCAAUUCUGCGACCCGCGUCUGCCAGCGCACCUUCUCUGCAGCCACCGCUAUGAAUGCGAAGAAGCAGUUCAUUCUCAUCGCCCGUGAUUACCAGGAUCCUGACGCUCCUAACCGCCGGGCUACUGUCCGUCCCAAGCAUUUGGUCGGCGCCAAGGAACUCAAGAAAUCCGGCAUGCUCCAACUCGGGGGUGCGCUCCUGACGAAUCACUCCGAGUCUGGACAGAUGAUCGGGUCCGUUAUGAUCUUUAACGCGGAUUCGGAGGAGGAAGUUAUUAAGGCUGUUGAAAGGGACCUGUAUGUCACAGAGAAAGUAUGGGAGCAUUACCAGAUCAUGCCCUUCCGUCAGGCUGCUUUCGAGCCAUAA